AUGGCACAGACAUUUGGUGACAUCAAGGACCCCCACCCGACGCAAAGGCCCACAAAGUUCCCUCUGCCUCUAUCCAGGAAAACCAAGACCUGCAAAGGAACUGGCGGGGCUGGGAUGGAAGAGAACUGGAUUCUCCUCCAGAGCUUCCCUAAUGACCCGCGCGCCAGUCCUGCCUGCGUCGCUUUAGCCCGGGAGCUGCGGGCGCAGCACAGUCGGAGCUGCGAGCGUGCGGCCGCGCGGGGCACGCGAACGGAGCAGACGUGGCGUGGCGAGCGGCCGGACGAGGGGAGGCGGAUAGAGCCCGGCCCCGCCCCGGUCGGCCCGGUCCGGGUCCGGCCCGGCCCGGCCCGCCCCUACGCGCCGCGCCCCCCGCGACGCCGGAGCCCGAGCGCGGCGGCCGCCGAGCCGGACCCCGCGUGGGAGCCGGCGCCUGAGCGGGAAACCCCGGCAGACCCGAAGCCGGAGCCGGCCGCGCGGCGCACCGAGCGGAACCAGGCGGCCGAGCCGACCCCGUACAACAGUACGGGCAACUACUACUCCACGUUCUCGGAGAAUGAGGAGCACAGCCACCUGCUCGUGUCGCCCGUGCUGGUGGCGAGCGCCGUGGUAGGUUUGGUGCUCCUCCUCUCCUGCAUCACCAUCAUCGUGGGCAGCCUCCGGCGGGAGCGGCAGGCGCGGCUGCAGUGGUACCACCAAGAGCGAAACCGUCGCCGCCGCCGCCAGCGCCGCCAGCAGCGCGACGAGGAGUAUGGCUUCAUGUCGGAGGGACACAUUUUCGGCCGCCGGAUGCGCUCCAUGUGCGGCACCCUUGACGAAUGGCCCAGGAACCUAGAGCUCAACUCUUGGGGGGAUGUGAACCCCGCGAUUUUCCACAGGAUGUACCCAGACUCUCCUCCCCGCUACGAGGACUGCGUAGGGCCAGGGGCCACCCAGCUCUACAUUCCCACUGAUGCUCCACCACCCUACUCGGUCACCGAUGCCUACCCACCGAAUGGCAACCUGAAUCCAGGUGCUGUGGAACCUGGCAUCCCGAAUCCGGUUGUCGUGCAGCCUGGCAUCCUGAAUCCAGGCACCGUGGAGCCUGGUAUCCUCAAUCCAGGUGCCCCGGUGCCUGGGGUUCUGGGUGCAGGCGGCCUGGAGCCUGGCAGUGGCCCUGGCCGCCCCAGAGAUGAGCAGGUGCACAGCAUCUCCAUGGAUGCCCUGCCCCCCUAUGAGGUCCUGGUAAGCAGCCCCCGCUCCAGCCUGCUGCCACUGCCGGGGCCUGGGCCCAUGAGCCCCCUGGACUCACCCAGCCUCGCCCCGGGAGGAGUGACUGAGUGAGCCAGCCAGCUAGGCCCUGUCAGUGCCUGAGGGAACCUCACCUCAUCUUUCAGAACAUGGACACACACACACACACAC